AUGCUUCACCAACAGGACAUGGAACUAAUCGAAGAAGAGGCGAUAGCUGAAGCGGUUGUUCCUUUGGCCCAUGUCGAUGUGGUUGCUCAUUUGCCUCCUCUACUAAAUCCAGUAGAUAAACUUCUCGGAAUUGUUGGUGAGUUAGAUCUGAAUCGGCUGAUUUCGAUGCCAUUUGCUCCAGAUUACAAAACACAAGAGCCGCUUGAUCAAGGAUUCAAAGCCAUAGCUAUGGGAUGCAAGGAUCUUCAACGGCUCUCAGUCUCUGGUCUCCUCACUGACAAGUCCUUUGAGUACAUUGGGAAACAUGCCAAGAACCUUGGGAUGCUAUCAAUAGCGUUUGCUGGGGACGUAAGAGUUUAA